CAGGGCACCAGGAGGAAAGCUCUGCUCCACCAGCCACACAGGAAAAACAAAACCCCCAGCUACAAAGCGGAACUGUUGAGUGGAGCAGCCAGGCACAAGGGACCUGCUGCCUGCAGGAAGGGCAGAGGAAGCAGGCCGAGGUUUGCUCUGCCUCCUGUGCUCGUCAUUCCUUGUGCUCCAAUGCCUGCCGCUGCCGUGGGGUCCAGCCAUGUCCCCUGGGGAAGGUGCUGCUCUCCCACCUCUCUCUGGAGGGCAGAGCCCCACGUGCUUUGUCCCCAGGGUGGCUGGGACAGGGCUGACCUCGAGCCCUUUGCCCUUUCUAGCCCAGGGGAGCAUGAGAACAUCCCGGGGGCUCCCAGCUGGAGGGAGGGCUUGGCUUGGGACAGCGGGUCCCCAGAAGGGAUGGGCUCAGUGGCAGCUGGGUGAGCUGUGUCACGUUUGCCCACAAAUGGUGGCUUAGCAUGAGAGCAUCUGGCCAAGGGGCAGGUUUGGUGGGACCCAGGGAAGGCUCCUGUAACCCCUGAGCUCAUAAGUGAGGAGCAAACACCGUGGCUGUUCCUUAUCUCCAGGUGAGCAGGUUUGGUGGCUGGAGCUCUGCUGGGCACAUCCUGGGGUCCAGGCUGUUGGUACAUCCUGGCCUGUACAUCUGAGAGCUUCUCAACACUUUGGGAACCCUGACUGUGGCUGGGUUUUCUCUGCAGUGGAUAGGGAAUUCAGAAAGUUUCAAGAUUGAAACUUCCUCUUCCUCUGCUAGGACUGUGAGAUGAGCCUUGAAGCUGUUUGUGAACCCUGCACACAGUUUCAGCAAGGAGCAGCAGCCUGUCAGAACAGAUGAGCAGUUACCAACUGGGUUGCUGGAUCCUGCUGUGCCCUUUGUGCCAUGAUUGAUGUCUGAAAGAGGAAAAGGUCCCUUUUGCUCUGAGAGAGAUGCCAGCCCUGCUCACUGCUUGCUGGUGGGCAGUGUGAGGAGUAGUCAUCUGAUUUCCCCACAAGGAAUGAUGACACCCCAGGUUCCGUAUGAUCCUUGUGCCAUCUUCGUCAGCCCAUGUGUCAUUGACUCAUUUUUUUUCAGCUGUGUGUCAUUAAAAUAAGCCUUCUCUGCAACAGGAAUAAUACCAGAAAAAGUGUAAAGCCCAAGCAGUGCUGUGCAUCCUGGCUGUUCUUUGGUGCUGUUAUUGCCCAGGCUUCACUCAUGAGGUUUUGCACACUUCAGGGAUUGCCAGCACUGCUGAUCUGAAUUGCCUUAAAGCAUCUUGGGUUUUGAGUCCUGGCUCUCGAGGUGCUGCCUUGGUUUCCUACCCUGCCUCUCCCAACAGCCACAUCCUGGAUCCCCUCAGAGCAAUAAGACACUGGAACAUGGAGAGCUCUUGGGCAAGUCUGGGGCACCUCACUGCCACUGGGAUGAGAGCCCGUGUUUACUGUGGAGACUUUCUGUUCCCAAAGGUGCACAGAAGCAUGGCAGACCUGUGGUGGAUUUACUCCAAACCUGUCCCAGCAGAUGGCAGAGAGCUAUGGACCUUGUUCCUGCAGUGUUCCUGCAUUACAGCAGUGAUAGGAGGCCUCUUUUACAACUGGAUGUUUGCUUCCCUGGAGUACUCCUGGCACCUCUCCGUUGCCAUGGCCAUCUCUUUCAGUCUGCUCCUCCUCCUGACUCUCCUUUUGGUGCAUCCUGCCCGUUGUGUCUUCAGCAUGAUCAUGCCCACGUUAGGCACCAAGCAGGGCCGGAAGCUUCUCUUCUCCACCUGCAUCAUGAUCGCAGUGGUGAACAUAGUACCCAACAUCAUAGGCAACAUUAAAACCAUACUGCAGGUUAUCAAGUGCAUCUGCAAGAAUUCCUCUGACAGCCUUCUGAAUUCAACUGCCCUGCUAGAGAAAGUUUCCUGGGAGUUUGGGGAUGCAAUCCAAGAAACCAUUCAUCCCAUUCAUAAACCUAUGAAUGGACAUUUUCGCUUUUCGUUGCUUCAGAACAGGUCCUUGAUUUACCAAAAAAUGCACCUUGCUGGUGAAAAAAUUAGCAGAGAGUUCUUGUCUGUUGAGAUUUUGGUCAAAGACUCAAUACAAGUAGCCAACAGACUGGCUGCUGCCUUCUUCAUGCUCUAUCUCUGUUUUGAAUCCACCUGGUAUUUGAAGAAUUAUCUCACCAACCUCCGCUUUGACAAUUUUUACAUCACCAAGAAGCUGGAGCGUUUAGCCAUGGACAGAAGAGCAGCUCAUCUCCUGGUGGGCUCAUCCAAAAAACUCAUCCGACCAACAGGCUUGAAGCUGUCCUGGGAGGAAGCGAUGCUGUGCCUCAUGCAAGCCAUGCUGGUCACUGUGGCCCUGAUGCUGAUGCUGGUGGUCGUGGCCAUGGACCACUUUGCGUUCAGCGUGGCAGACACAGCGGUGAGAAGGGCAGCUCAGUUCUCUGCAGUGCCUGUCACUCUCAACAUCAAAUACAAGGUUGAAAUAGGGAUCAUGCCCUUUCUAUUCAAAGUUUUUGGGCGUCCUUCUGAAAAAUUACUGCUCGGGGACUUCAACAGGACCUACCACCAUCAUCUGAUCUUGAGCUCUGCCCACUGCAGGAUCAGCCCUCCCACACCUCCCAACCCCUCUGUGCUGCUCGUUGUGGGGCUGCUUUUCUGCAUCCUCUACGGCACCGUGUUCCUGGAAACCUACGCACGCCGCCUGUGCCGGAACAUCGCAGCCUCCUUCUUCCAGAGCUGGGAGGAGAAGAGAGUGCUUUACCUGUACAGGAAACUGUCUAGGAGGCACAGAAAGGAGCAAAACUGUGUGAAGGAUGCUUUGGGAAGUCAGGGGGAUGUCUGACACCACAGCAUGGGCUUCUGCCAUAGGGUCACACAUUUAAUUUUCCAGAGUGAGAGAAGUGUUUGGAAGU